AUGGUUGAGGCAGAGGUAGUAUCGCCCAGUGCUACUACUGAUAUUGGUAGGGAAGAAGUGAUAGCAGCUGUAGGAUCUGAAGGGUUUAAAUGUCCCCGCUGCACAUUUCUAAACCACCCUUCAUUACAUCAGUGCGAAAUGUGUGGUGCAAGGUUAAUAUCUCCUAGGCUUCCCCCUGGAUUGAUAAGAACAGAUUCUCCUGGUCCAACAACUGUUUUUGAACCUGGAAAAAGUUUAGAUGGUACUAUAAAUGUAAUCAAGCUCAGUUUUAGAGGGAAUGGCGAUAAGUCAUUUUUUACUGCUUUAAAGAAAGCUCUGGCUUCGAAAGAGUGGGUAUCGGCAUCCAAUACGAGCCUGGGAUCUGGUAUUCGUAGAGUGACAUCUGCGGAAAAAGGUACCAAUGCGGUAGAUUCCCAGGAUUUCACACCAAGGCAAGGCAUCCAUGGUUUGCAGCAAGCUGGGGAGAGAAGUCGACAACAACGACAGGAGAUAUUGGGGAGUGCCCUUGACGAUCUACAGGGUCUGAUGUCUCGGGCUCAAGACCUCAUAAAACUUGCUGAACAGUAUGCCCAUCACUUAGAAAAGGAAGAGAUGAGCUCUAAUAACGCAUCCUUAUCAGCUAGAAAAGCACUGCGACAGUCUUCUCAAGCUCUUGGCCUCGACUCGACUAUUGUAACAAAAGAAAUGGCCCACGAUCCGGAAGUAUUCCAUUCGGAACUAGCUCGUCAAUUGGCAGAGUUUUUAGACAACAGUGGAAUUUUGGCUAGAGAGGGGGGUGUCAUAACCUUGUUUGAUCUGUUUGCAAUUUAUAACAGAGCGCGAGGGUUCUCAUUAAUAUCACCCAAAGAUCUCUAUUCUGCAGCAGAACUUUUCGAAAAACUUCAGUUACCUAUCCGUUUAAGAAAAUUCAAAAGCGGUCUCUUUGUAGUUCAGGAAUCAUAUCGGACGCCUCAAGUGAUUAUACGUCAUCUGAAUGAAUGGUUUGCGUCUGUCGAACCGUACAAAGCUGCUAUUGGAUUUUCACCCCAGGAUGCGAGUGCUAAAUUCGGUUGGAGUCUUACUGUGGCUACUGAAGAGCUUGAAAUGGCUGAGGCGCAAGGGGCUUUGUGCCGUGACGAACAGGUAUCGGGUGUUCGUUUUUUCCCUAAUUUGUUUCUUGUAAACUAA